CUCUCGUAUAAGCCUUCAAGUCGUCACGCCAACCAGAAUCAAUCAAUUUUGCACGCAAGAGUUCCACAAGUUGAUCUCGUUUUCCAGACUCGACAAGUUCUCUAUGCAAAUUAGAUCGUAGAUGGUCGCUUGUUACUGAACUCAUUGUAGCUGUAUAAGUUGUUAAACGUCUGCGCCUUGUUGUGAAGAAUGAAAGUUAAAAAAAAAAGACUUCGGUCAAGCGUCGAGAUGUUACAUGGUGGCUUGAAAUUAAAGUUUCAGCAAUGGAGCUUAAAAAAAACUAAUUGAAUGCAUGUUUCAAUUGAUGGUGUUUACAUUAACUUAUUCACAACGCCUUUCUCCUCUUAUACACAUACACCAUCCGUAUACAUCAUGUCUGCAGAGGGAUCCCCCUCAGGGCCAUUGCCAGCAGCUAAUGGUGAUGGGAAAUCAUCAACAUCGGGUCCUGUCAAACUAUCAUUUGGCGUCAUGGGCAAAGGAAAGAAGGCGCCUCUAGUUAAUAAGAGAACAGUAUCAGCGUUUGGUGCACAUCAAGAUGAUAAAGCCGACAAACCAAAGGACGAACUUAUCGUUGGGUUUGAUGAAAACAAAAUUAAGAGUCUUGUGCCAGAAGAAGAAGCGAAGCCAUUGGUGAUCCCUCUGGAAGAUGCAGAUUGGCGGCAAAAAGUAUUGGAAAAGAGAAAAAAAAUAUAUAUGCCAGGCGAGGCCGGCAAACAUAGUAAUGAAAUUGUUGAGGAACCAGUCAAGGAAAUUAAAUAUGGACUACAGAUCACAAAGCGAGCCAGAAUAGAGCAUAGUUCGAACGAUACAAGUAGUUCCGGUUCUGGAGCUGGCGAUGUUAAUUCAAGUACAACUACAACUGCAACUACAACUACAACUACAACUACAACUACAACAUCGACUACAACGCUGGAGAUGACAAAAGAUGUAGUCAUGGAGCCAAGGGAAGAGACAUUGGAAGAAGCUGCAACAAGGAAAAUCUUGGAAGCCGUAUCCGACGAGAAUUCAGAGGAGAUUCGAAAGCUAACCAUCGGUGGACAGGAAAACAUCGACGACACAGAAGCUUUCCAAAAGAAUCUAGAAGAUCUCCCUGACGAGGCAACAUUAGAAGACUAUGAAAAAGUUCCUGUGGAGGAGUUUGGCGCAGCAUUACUGCGUGGCAUGGGGUGGAAUGGUGACAUGAAAGGAUCUGAAGCGAUUGAGUACAAUCGACGACCAGCGCUACUUGGACUAGGAGCCAAGCCUAAAGAACCAGAGCCGAUUACCAAAAAGUAUAUCAAGCCUGGCGAAUCACGCAUUCCACAGACUAUCAAGGUGCCUGAGAGGCAUACUACGGGACGAUCUGGCAGCUAUGGGUCACAAAAUGCUCAGAGGGAUCCUAAGGGCAACAGAGACGCAAGAGAUUCUCUUGAUACAAGAACAAGUAGGCGUGAAGAUAAAGAGAGUGUAGACAAUAGGUAUAGACGUGAUGGCGAAGAGAGUAGAGACAGCAUAGAAAGAGACAGCAGAGAUAGAGACAGGGACCGUGACAGAGAUCGUGACAGAGACCGUGACAGAGAUCGUGACAGAGACCGUGACAGAGAUCGUAACAGAGACAGCGGCAGAGAUCGUACUAGAGACCGUGACAGAGAAAGAGAUCGAGACCGUGAUCGUGAGAGAGAUUCAAGACGUGAUCCUAGAGACAGUGGGGGCAGUUGUGAUAACCGCAAUGAUCGAGAUGACGCUCGUAAACGGGAUCAGGAUCGGGUACGAGAAAGAGAAAGAGAAGGAGAAAGAGAAAGAGCAAAGGAGAAGUAUAAAAGGAGAAUUUGAGGCGGCUGGCACUACCGCUAAACUGCUUUAUUUAAGAAAAGAUUCAAAAAAUAAUAACAUACAUAUAAUAAAAAUUUCAGACAGCG